UUGACAAUGAAUCUCAAUUUCGAUCCUGAUCGGAUCUUGGAGGCCCUCUAACAAUUAGUCAAUUGCUGUUUUGACUUAACAAUUAGAAGCAUACACCCCGUUGCAGGAGAGCAACAAAGAAAUGCGGAGUCCGUUUCCAUUUUCCCAAUGUGCAUAUCUGAGAAGACGACGAUCUCGGUGAAGCUCCGCAACAAGUAUUUCACAUGGAGGAUAAGCUCAAAGACACCAGCAGCCCACCGGCUGCCGCCUUCUCAACCCCUCAGAAGGCAGCAGAGGCUCCAUCUGCCGACCAACCCACUUCUCGGCGAAGGGGCGGAGGCCAGAAGCGGAAAGCAAGCGCCUUAAGCAGCGGUGGAACUUCGGCCCCUCUUUCUACUUCUUCAAAGCGUCAGGCUCGCGACAAGCCGCAUGCAGUUCCUUUUCCUCCGAUCCACAACGGUCCCUGCACCAGAGCUCGACAGCUGCCCGGCAACACCGCUUCCGUUGCUUCGCCAUCAAAUUCAGGUGUCAAGGGAGAGGCAGAUGCGGCGCUUCUUCCAAGAGCAGAAGCAGGAGAGCUGCAGAAGGCCGAGGACGCGUCAAUUGAAGCCAAAGAGGAUUUAGAAGCAGUGGAGGCAAAACUUGAAGCCGAGUUUGAAGCAAUUAGGUCUCGAGAUGUUAAUGUUCAUGUGGUGCCGACUCAUGCGGGCUGGUUUUCAUGGACAAAAGUUCAUUCAUUGGAGGAGAAAACAAUGCCGUCCUUCUUUAAUGGGAAGUCUCCAAACAGGACUCCUGAAAUGUACAUGGAGAUACGUAAUUGGAUUAUGAAGAAGUAUCAUUUAGACCCCAACACUCGUGUUGAAUUGAAGGAUUUGUCAGAGAUCUCAUCUGCUUUGUUCGAAGCAAGGCAAGAGGUGAUGGAGUUUCUGGACUACUGGGGAUUGAUCAAUUACCACCCUUUCCCACAGCCUGAAUCUGCCAUGAAUUUGGAUACCAAUGUCAAGGAAGCACGGAAGGCAGAUUCUUUAUUGGACAAGUUGUUCCGUUUUGAAUCAGAGGAAACAUGGACACCAGUUGUCCCCAAGGAAAGUAUGACUGCACAGUCUCUAACAUCUGGCCUAUUUCCCGAGUCUACUUUGAUGGAAGAAUUGGUGAAGUCUGAGGGACCUUCAGUUGAGUACCAUUGUAACUCAUGCUCAGCCGAUUGCUCCCGGAAACGUUACCAUUGCCAGAAACAGGCUGAUUUUGAUUUAUGCACAGAAUGCUUCAACAAUGGAAAAUUUGGCCCUGAUAUGACUCCCUCAGAUUUCAUCCUAAUGGAGCCUGCUGAAGUUGGUGGUGCAAGCAGUGGGAAGUGGACUGAUCAGGAAACUCUCCUCCUUCUGGAAGCAUUAGAAUUGUAUAAAGAAAACUGGAAUGAGAUUGCUGAGCAUGUUGCAACAAAGACAAAAGCACAGUGCAUCUUGCAUUUUGUUGAAAUGCCGAUCGAGGAUAUGUUCUUGGAUGGAGAUACUGAGAUUGAUAACAUUUUUAAUAUUGAAGGCAUUUCAGUUAAUGAUGACAGUUCUGCUUCUAAAGGCGGGCUUGAGGGAUCAGAGAAUAAGGAUGUUGGAAAUGAGAAUCAGCCUUCAUCAUCCUCAAUUGGAACCCCAAAGCAGGAUGAUGUAAAUGAUUCAAAUGAUGAAGAAAAAAAUGGGGAGAAUUGUGCACUUGAGGCUCUCAGGGAAGCGUUUGUAGCUACUGGCUACUUUCCUUCACCUGGUGAACAUGUUUCAUUUGCGGAAGCUGGCAAUCCUGUAAUGGCAUUGGCAGCUUUCCUGGUAAAGUUGGUGGAAUCUAAUGUAACUACUGCUUCAGUGCGUUGCUCUUUAAGAGCUGUUUCUGGUGAAGAAUUAGCUGCCAGGCAUUGUUUUAUUCUAGAAGAUCCUCCAGAUGAUAAUAAACCAUCCAUCGCUGAUAGAGCUGUCAUUGAUGAACAGAUUGAGCCUGAAGUACAACAGGAUAAGCCUGCCUCAGUAACUGGUAACAUUGACUUGCCUGUUGAACAGAGUAAGGAUAGCAAGGAAGUAAAAGAGGAUGAUGAAAAAAGAGAAGCCACAGAGAAGAAGAAACAAAGAGAAUCCGCGGAGAGCAGUUUAAAUGGUCUAGGAGAAGAAACCCGUUCUCCUCAUUGUGAACAUUCAGAAAAAUCUGAAGCCAUAGGGGAAUCAAAUGGAAAGGUUAAAUCACUUCAUGUAAACGAAGGACAUGAAGAAGUACCUAGUACUGCUGAAGGUUUAGAUUCUCUAAAAUCAAAAGUGGAGUCUCCUUCCAGUUCAACCAAAGAGUGUGAUGAUGUGGUGUCAAAGGACAUACCUUCUCAUUCUGUAGAUUCUCCAAAAGACGAGGAUAUGAUGCCUGCCACAGAAAAGAGGGACCCCGAGCAAUCCAUUUCAGUAGUUGAUAACAAAGCUAAAUCAACAGAUGAAGAAAAAGACCACAAGACCGAGAAAGAAGACACUUUAAAUGCCAAAAUUAAUUUGGAUGUAGUUAAGAUUAAGCAUGCUGCUGUCACUGCUUUGUCAGCUGCAGCAGUGAAAGCAAAGUUUCUAGCUGAUCAAGAAGAAGAUCAGAUUCGGAAGCUUGCUUCAUCAGUUAUAGAAAAACAGUUACAUAAGCUGGAGACCAAGUUGACCUUCUACAGUGAAAUAGAGAGCACCUUAGUGAGAGUUAGAGAACAGUUGGAUAGGUCGAAACAGAAACUUUUCCAUGAGAGAGCACAUAUAAUCGCAACCCGGUUAGGCAUGUCUUCAACAACUUCAGCUCAUCCUAUAUCACAGCCAUUGCCUGUGACAGCACCCAGGCCUUUAACUGGCAUGAGCUCUACAAGGCCACCAUUUUCAAGACCCAUGAUGAUGUCAAUGGCUGCUCCCAGCUCAUUUAUCCCCACAGCAGUUGCAGGAAGUUCAUUACAACCUCCAAGCACCGAGAAUGCCUCGUCUGUAGGGAAUAAGUAACCUUUUUUGCUCCAGAGCAGCAUUUUGUUUUCUAUUUCUUGAGACACCCCCGGGAAACAGUUUCAGUAUCAAAUUCUUUGUGUGCUUCUCAACAGCCACGGUUGGCCAGGAAGGUAUCUGCAGUGAAAGGCAGCAAGAUAUUUAUUUAGCAUGAACUAAUAGUUAUUAUAAUUAGAACUUUUUAAGCUUUAGCAGGUAGCACCGUAGCAGCUUACAUAUAAUUUUUUUAGGAGCCGGCAUCAUGGAAUAGGCCUCCUCUCAGUUCUUCUAUAACUGUUUUCAGUGGCACUUGGUGUAGUAAAAUCACUUGUUUAUUGUAGAUUUGUAGUGUCUAGUUUCAUGUAUGCUUCAAGUACAUGUAAAACUGUAAGCCUUUCAAAUGAACAUUUUUCUUCAUAAUACCAUUUGCUUUGGGCUCUUGUUAACCUGGCGCUGUUUUUUGUCACUUUCCUUGAGAAUAAUUAAAGUUAGCAACUAGG